AUGACACCAUCCCUCUCUCCACAAUACAAUCAUUUCCUCCUCCUGCUCUCCGAUUCUGCGCUCCCACUCGGAUCAUUCGCCUUCAGCAGCGGUCUAGAAUCCUAUCUCGCGCACACGAAACCCCAAUCAUCAUUCACAGAUUUCCUCGCCUUCUCACUCUCCUCCUAUGCAUCCACCACUCUUCCCUUCGUGCUCGCCGCUCAUCGGAACCCCGAGGAUUUGAUCCAUCUAGAUGAUGCCCAGGAUGCUUCGAUCAUGUGUACCGUCGGACGACGAGCUUCGAUUGCUCAGGGAAGAGCUUUAUUGUCUAUCUGGGAUCGAUCGUUUUCUACUGCUUUAGCUUCGGAGUUCUCCACUUCUUCAUCUGUUGUUGGAAGUAAUAUUUUAAAGGAAUUUUCUGCACUUCUCAAAUCUAUAUCCUCAGCACCUAAAACUACUUCGGGAGAAAUACCACCUGUAUCCGCUCAUCUAGCACCUUUAUUUGGUGCCAUUACGUCGACUGUGGGAAUGAGUUUAGAGCAGACUGCAUAUGUAUUUAUGUUAAGUCAUGUGAAGGCUUUGCUUUCGGCCGCUGUGAGAGCCAGUUGA